AUGGGUGAAUUGGUCAUAGUUUGCUGCCAUGCAAUUUGCGUUGAUACCUCCAAUCCGUAUGAAGAACCGAGUUGGCUGCUAAAGCCUUUCCAGCGGUCCAAUCCUUCUACUGGGAAGCCAGGUGAACAUGAGACUUUUCUGCUGCAUAUCCAGGCCGGAGUGAAUGCCCUCCGUCGAGAAGGCACCGUUCUCGUCUUCUCGGGCGCAAAGACCGAACGGGAUGCGCCCUCGAGCGAGGCUGCUAGCUAUCUGAAUGUCCUCAUGCAGUGCUUCGGAGAGUCUGACUUUGUGCAACAAGCCAUGGCAGAUGGCAGAAUUUUGUGUGAAGACGCCGCAACGGACAGUUACCAGAACCUGCUCUUCUCUCUCGUCAAGUACUAUGAAGUUGAAGAGGCGUGGCCACAUAUGAUCACUGUCAUUACACAUGCUUUCAAAGAGAAUAGGUUUCUUGAUGGCCACGCGGUUGCACUGGAACUGCCCAAAGAGAUGAUCCGCGUGCAAGGUAUCAAUCCUCCAUUUCCCCUCUUGGAAUCACGAGAAGUACAACGAUUCGAGAAGGAGACUGUAGACCUUUUCUUGAGAGAUCCUCACGGAGUUCGUGAGCCUCUGUUGUCCAAAAGAGUAGCAAGGGGGUGGUGUACAAACUACGAUCCGCUUCGUAAUAUCCAAGACCCGUCGGUCAGAGAUACAGUAAGAAAUUGGCUGGACCGAUGUGAGCGUGUAGAACAUGACUCCUUACCAUGGAUCACCAGGUAG